GAUUUUUCUGUAGAAAGUAAGUGAGACUCUCUCUCUUCUCUCUCUAGACUCUCUCUCAUUAUGUCACGUUACGUUUUGUGGGGCGGGUGGGCUUUGUAUGCUCUCUCUCACAAUGUGGGCUAGCUGUGAGACUUUGUCCUAAUCUCCUUUGAUGAACUCAUCUCUCUCUUUCUCUCUUUCUUUUUCUCUCUUUGUAUAAUUGAUGAGUGUUUACUCUCUUUCUAGAAAUGUGUAAUUCUUUGUGAUGCAGAAGGAAAGAUCGUCUCUUUCAUGACCUCUUCUUCGGUGUCAGAGCCAAAGAAAGAAGAUUACACAGUUUUAUGACAAAGAGCAAAGGAGCCAAAAAAAUAAGUAUUUAGAGAAUGAAUGGUGUUGCACAUCAAGAACCAGAUUUCUCAGAGUUCGUUGAAGUUGAUCCAACUGGAAGAUAUGGCAGAUACAAUGAAAUUCUCGGCAAAGGAGCUUCAAAGACAGUUUACAGAGCAUUUGAUGAGUAUGAAGGGAUUGAAGUUGCUUGGAACCAGGUGAAGCUCUAUGAUUUCCUGCAAAGCCCUCAAGAUCUUGAGAGGCUCUACUGUGAAAUUCAUCUCCUCAAAACAUUGAAGCACCAAAACAUCAUGAAGUUCUACACUUCUUGGGUUGAUACUGCUAAUAGGAACAUUAAUUUUGUCACUGAGAUGUUCACUUCCGGGACUCUUAAACAGUAUAGGCAAAAACAUAAGAGGGUUAACAUUAGAGCAGUGAAGCAUUGGUGUAGGCAGAUCUUACAAGGGCUUCUCUAUCUCCAUAGUCAUGACCCUCCUGUGAUCCAUAGAGAUCUCAAGUGUGACAAUAUCUUUGUCAAUGGGAACCAAGGGGAAGUGAAAAUCGGCGAUCUGGGGCUCGCUGCAAUCCUUCGAAAAUCGCAUGCUGCUCAUUGUGUUGGGACACCAGAGUUCAUGGCUCCAGAAGUCUAUGAAGAGGAAUACAAUGAAUUAGUUGACAUUUACUCUUUUGGGAUGUGUAUGUUGGAAAUGGUCACUUUUGAGUAUCCAUAUAGUGAAUGCACUCAUCCAGCUCAGAUCUACAAGAAAGUUAUCUCUGGGAAAAAGCCAGAUGCUUUGUACAAAGUAACGGAUCCGGAGAUACGACAAUUCGUCGAGAAAUGUUUGGCCACUGUGUCUCUGAGGUUCUCUGCAAUUGAGCUUCUGAAUGACCCUUUUCUCCAAAUUGACGAUUGUGAAUCCGAUUUAAGACCGUUAGAGUGCCAGAGGGAACUAGAUUAUAGAGACCCUCUGUUAAGGCAGCCUUUCCUUGAACAAAGUUAUGAAGGAGGGUCAUAUGGUAAUAGCUCCUAUAAUGGGUACUCCAAUGGAGUUGCAUAUGAAGCCCAAAAUGGAUGGGAGCAUCAUUCAACAGAGAAUGAACAAUGUGGGAUCAAGCUGUUUGAGUGCAGUGAUGAUGAACACGACGAACAUCCUACAAAUGUUGACAUUACCAUCAAAGGGAAGAUAGUGGAAGAUGAUAAUAUCUUUUUGAGACUCAGAAUUGAGGACAGAGAAGGCCGCAUCAGGAACAUCUAUUUCCCAUUCGACAUUGAAAUUGAUACAGCAUUGAGUGUUGCAACCGAAAUGGUUGCCGAGCUGGAUAUAACCGACCAAGACGUGACUAAAAUAGCUGAUAUGAUUGAUGGGGAGAUUGCUUCCUUGGUGCCUGAUUGGAAGCCAGGGCCAGGAAUAGAAGAAACCCCUCGCUUUGCAAAUUCAAGCUUCUGCCACAAUUGUGCGUCCAACUAUACCUCCAAUGGUUCCUUCACGAAUUUUUUGACAAAUAAUCCAGGUUCUAAGAGUAUGCAAAUUUUGCAGUGUUCAGGAAGUGGUUGUGCUGCUAUGCAUGGCCGGUUUGAAGAGAUCACAUACCAAGUUGAUGUACAUGAACAUGAUGAACAUUUUGCUUCAGAUUGUGCAAAGAAUCCAGUCUUGUCAAGUCAAACAAACGGUUUCCAUUACGCACAAAUGUGGGGUCAGAGCGAAAGCCUUGAAUGUAGUACACUGGGCUCCGGGGAGAGCCAUUCGGAUGAAGAAAAUGGAAAAUUGGAUCAUAAAGUUCCAGCAAAGGAUAAGAGAGAAAUAGGAAUGCAGAGCAAAAUUGCAUCUAGUGCUGCAGCCAUAUCGGGCUCCCAUUCGUUAUUUGUGAUCCCUUCAUUGUCUCGUGAUCUUUCGAAUGAUCAUGAACACGAAAAUCAGCAGGAAUUGAGAUGGCUCAGAGCAAAGUACCAGAUGGAAUUGAGGGAGCUUAGAGAUCAACAGCUAGGACUUAUACCAAAGUCUCCAAAACUUCAUUCUGGUUCAUCAGAUAUUAGUAACCACACAACCACUAAUGUGUUGAAAUCUUCUGCCUAUGACAGGCAUUUUAGCUCAAGUCUCCAUGAACAUGUUCAGAAAAGCUGCACCAUUUCGGAUAUCCAAAGGGUCCGAAAAGGCGAGGCUAUCAUCGGCUCUCCUAAUGCAGAGGACAUGGUUACUGUCAAGAGUUUCUGCACAGGCUCAUUGCUUCCCAACACUCUUCACAGGACAACAUCCCUACCAGUUGAUGCUGUUGAUAUAUAAAAUCUGUAAGACUCUUCAGUUUUUUUUCCGUUAUUUUUUUUUUUUUUUUGACAAAUUUCAUACACAAGUAGAGGCUGCAUUGUCACAAUCUAUACUCACUUAUGAGGCACAUCCCCAGUUAUUCCCUCCUCUCAUUCUUAUCCACCCUUUUUAUAAACUUAUAGCAGAUGGGGAUUGCCAAUACAGCAUUUUGUGUAAGUUGAUUAGAACAAAGUGAAUGGUGGUGGUGAGUGUCACUCACAUUAUGAGAGAUGUAAUUAUUGAGGCUUUUGUAGGGUCUCCAAGUUGAAUGACUUGGUUGAAUUUCACCGUUCAUGUACACAUUACAUUACUCCCUUUGGUACCUUAAAACUACAAAAAAUAAAGCAUCUUAAAGGCUGUCUCUGUUAGUGCCUUUAUUUUAUUGAGAUAGAGAAAGUUGUGUGUGUGUGUGUGUGUGUGUGUGUGAGUGUGUGUGUGUUUUUCUUUUAAAUAAAGUGACUUGUAGAUUUUUUCUUUUAAAUAAAGUGACUUGUAGAUGACAGUGAUGAAGUGAAUUAUUUGGUGUUUGUCA